AAACACAACACAAGACAAGUCCAACUACGAGAGAAAAAGGAAGCAACAACCACCAACACAACACAAGUACAGAACACAAAGGAAUUAGAAUUGAUUCCACUCUUCUACACCUGUACUAUUUUUAUGUUCUAGAUAUGUCACAGUAAAAAGUAAAAAAAACCAAAUUUGGUUGCAAAUCAAUGUCAUCACUCUGAAACCCAGUUCCAGAUCCAAACGUCACUUGAACUUAACAACUACCCAAAAUAACCACACCCACAACAUCAUUUUACUACCCAAAAUAACCUUAUUUCGGUGACAGGGUGUCCUUAGCAUUGAAAAAGCACCACCAAAACCGCAUGUCUGGAAGUUCUGUUCAUUCCUUAGUUCUGGUGGUACCAAGAUUCGAUAGGUCGUUGCAUUUUGUAAAUUGCAGCAUAUUCUUGAAGAUUAAAAGGAAGAGAAAAUGAGGAUCAGGAACAAAUGCAAGAAACCAACGAGUUUACGUUGUGAUGCAGGGGGCAGAUGUUCUACUUCGGUUUUUGUACUGAGCUUGUUAGGAUGUUUGCUUUUGUUUCAAUUAUUAUAUUCCUAUGUUCAUCACGUAGACAGACAUGGUGGUGGAGAGCCGAGGUUGCUGGUGAGUAAUCAUCCACAGUUUCGUGAACUUCAAGAAGUGGAAGAGGAAAGCCUUCAUGUUCCUCCGCCGAAGGGAAAGAGGUCUCCUCGAGCAGUAAAGCGGAGACCGAAACGGACAACUACACUAAUCGAUGAAUUCUUGGAUGAAAAUUCCCAAAUGAGACAUGUAUUUUUUCCUGGUCGUAAAAGAGCUAUAGAUCCAAUUCUGGCUGUUGAGAAUGAUAAGUAUCAUUACUACCCGGGGAGAAUGUGGUUGGAUACUGAUGGUCAUCCUAUUCAAGCCCAUGGAGGGGGCAUUCUGUAUGAUAAAAGUUCUAGGACAUACUAUUGGUAUGGUGAAUAUAAAGACGGGAUCACCUACCAUGCUCACAAGAAAGGAGCCGCCCGGGUUGACAUUAUUGGAGUUGGCUGUUAUUCAUCCAAGGAUUUGUGGACCUGGAAACAUGAGGGGAUCGUAUUGGCAGCAGAGGAAACAGAUGAAACCCAUGAUCUGCACAAAUCUAACGUGCUCGAGAGGCCAAAAGUGAUUUACAAUGAGAAGACUGAAAAGUAUGUGAUGUGGAUGCAUAUUGAUGAUGCUAACUACACCAAAGCGUCUGUUGGCGUAGCAAUCAGUGACGCACCUGAUGGUCCUUUCAAUUAUCUCGGUAGCCACAGGCCGCACGGAUUCGAAAGCAGGGAUAUGACAGUUUUCAAAGACGAUGAUGGCGUUGCAUAUAUAGUCUACUCCUCCGAAGACAACAGUGAGCUGCACAUAGGACCCUUAACCCAAGAUUAUCUCAAUGUGACAUCUGUCAUGAGAAGGAUUCUCGUGGGACAACACCGAGAAGCACCGGCUCUCUUCAAGCAUCAGGGUACAUACUACAUGAUUACAUCGGGUUGCACGGGGUGGGCCCCAAAUGAGGCACUGGCGCAUGCAGCAGAGUCAAUCAUGGGGCCGUGGGAAACAAUGGGAAAUCCAUGCUUGGGAGGAAACAAAAUGUUUAGACUCACAACUUUCUUUGCUCAGAGCACUUUCGUGCUUCCGAUUUCUGGUUUCCCUGGAGCGUUCAUCUUCAUGGCAGAUCGAUGGAAUCCAGCUGACUUAAGAGACUCGAGAUAUGUAUGGUUACCUUUGAUAGUGGCGGGACCGGCAGAUGAGCCUUUGGAGUAUAGUUUUGGAUUCCCAUGGUGGUCAAGAGUUUCUAUCUAUUGGCAUAGAAAAUGGAGAUUGCCUCAGGGGUGGAACCCCUUUCAAAUAAUGUAGGUUGUUGUGUUUUGUACAUUCAUUCAAAGUCAUCAUAUACAAAAAUACUUGGGUAUAUAUGUGUUGUGUAUCAAGCACAUUGUGCAUUACUCAAACAAAUAUAGAAACAUGGAAUCUCAAUAAUGUUCAGCAGUCUUGAUAGUUGACAUCUCUUACAAAUUUUAAGGCAAUUCGAGGGAGCUAAUGUAUGUAUAUCGAGAAAGAUUAUUCACUUAAUCAUUGGAGUUUUGGUAAUAAUGUAGCAUUGUUGAUUAGCUGUGCAUGGUUUGCAGAUUUAGUUACAUGUAAAAUGAUUAAUUCAUCUCUAUGUACUUAAUGGUUUUUCUUA